AUGUAUCAAUUUACCUGUCGCUGGGCAAUGUAUCAAUUUACCUGUCGCUGGGCAAUGUAUCAAUUCACCUGUCGCUGGGCAAUGUAUCAAUUUACCUGUCGCUGGGCAAUGUAUCAAUUCACCUGUCGCUGGACAAUGUAUCAAUUUACCUGUCGCUGGACAAUGUAUCAAUUCACCUGUCGCUGGACAAUGUAUCAAUUCACCUGUCGCUGGGCAAUGUAUCAAUUUACCUGUCGCUGGGCAAUGUAUCAAUUCACCUGUCGCUGGGCAAUGUAUCAGUUUACCUGUCGCUGGACAAUGUAUCAAUUUACCUGUCGCUGGACAAUGUAUCAAUUUACCUGUCGCUGGACAAUGUAUCAACUCACCUGUCGCUGGACAAUGUAUCAACUCACCUGUCGCUGGACAAUGUAUCAAUUUACCUGUCGCUGGACAAUGUAUCAAUUCACCUGUCGCUGGGCAAUGUAUCAGUUUACCUGUCGCUGGGCAAUGUAUCAGUUUACCUGUCGCUGGGCAAUGUAUCAAUUUACCUGUCGCUGGGCAAUGUAUCAAUUUACCUGUCGCUGGGCAAUGUAUCAGUUUACCUGUCGCUGGGCAAUGUAUCAAUUUACCUGUCGCUGGGCAAUGUAUCAAUUUACCUGUCGCUAG